AUGAGCGGCUACAAAGUUGACGGUGACGAUUUACUCGUCUUUCAAACUCCUGCUGAAGCUUUGGCUAAACACAAGCCUGGCUUUCAAACCCCACAAUCCACUGGGGGAUCUAAAGCCAGUGGGUUUUAUCAACCACAAUACCCAUUCCAAAAUCGUUCUUCUUCAUAUUCCUCGCUUGGUUCCGCUUCGCCUUCUGGUUCUGAAGCAAGUUUUGAAAAAUUGUCUCCUCAAUCCACCACUUCAAACUACAUGAUGCAACAACAACAUCAGCAAUAUCAGCAACAUCAGCAACAACAACAACAACAACAACAACAACAGCAGCAGCCAAGAGUUCUCUCUCAAAAAGACCGUUUGAAACAAUUCUUUGAUUGUUGCGAUUUCAACCAUGAUGGCCGUUUGGCAGAAGAAGAACUUAGCCAUGCUCUUAGAAACUACGAUCAAACCGAAUUUAAAAGAAGCACAGCCAGAACCAUGAUCAAGUUAUUCGACAAAGACCAUUUCAACUCCGUUGAUUUCGAAGAUUUCUGCAAUAUUUGGAACUAUUUGGCUAGAUGGAGAACUGUGUUUGAAAAAUGUGAUAGAGAUGGCAGCACUUUUAUUAAUCACCAGGAGUUUGCCAACGCUUUGAAAACAUUUGGAUUUGAUUUGCCUCAAGAAUCAAUCAAUCACAUCUUCUUCACAUUCUCUACUGUUCAAGUGAACCAACCGGCACUCAUGAAGUUUGAUAGCUUUAUCGAAAGUAUGGUUUGGAUUAUGAAAGUCACCGAAGUUUUCAAGAAGUAUCCUUCUGUCGAUGCCGGUGCUACAGCUGAAAUCGGCUACUUCGACUUCAUCGAUGUUUUGUUGGCUUUUAAGGAUUAG